UGUACACAACAUUAAAGAUCGCUUCUCGCUCAGAGCGAAUGUUAUUUUGGUCUUGCGGGCAAUCAUCAUGGAGGCCGGUAAGGAUGCUUGUAUGCUGCAAUUUAAUAGCGAUGCGAAACUAACGUCAGAAGAAUUCGUGAAAGUCUUCAAGGAAUUUGACAAAGACGGGAAUGGUUACAUAGAAGCAGACGAGCUGAAUACGUUUUUGGUGACUCUCCUGCAGGAGACAGGCAACGAGACACCAUCACCAGAGGAACUUGAGAAAUUCAAGGAGUAUGUGCUAGAAAAGUAUGAUGACAACUGUGACGGCAAAAUAAGUAUGGAUGAGCUCGAAAACAUUCUUCCUACAGAGGAAAACUACUUGAAGCAGUUUCGAGCAGAGUUCUCAAGUAAGACAAUGGACAGUAUCCAAUUCAUAAAGAUCUGGAAUCACUAUGAUAGUGACAAGAAUGGGUACAUGGAGGGAGACGAAAUCGAGGCGUUUUUAAAAGAUUUGCUGAAAGCAGACGAUCAAACUGUGUCCCCGCAGCGAAUUUCGGACUACAAAAAUUUCAUAAUGGAUCGCUACGACGAAAACAACGACGGAAAAAUUGGAUUAAAAGAACUUGCUAUGAUCCUGCCUCCUGAGGAGAACUUCUUUGCCAGGUUUCAGGGAAAGAAAUGUUUAUCAAAGGAGGACUUCGACGCAGUGUUCGACCAUUAUGAUGAGGAUAACAACGGUGAGAUUGAAGGCUCUGAACUGUUGGUUCUUCUGCGUGACGUCAUGAAACGGAUGGGACUGGAACCUGACAAUGCUUCAGAGCUGGAAAAAAUGAAGGAAGUCGUACUUGGAGUCAGCGAUAAAGACAAUGAUGGAAAACUUUCCAAAAGCGAGCUGUCACUGCUAUUGUCUGACGUGAAUUAGUAAACAUGUCUGACACGGAUGAGAACCUUACAAGAUAAUGAAACUUUUGAAUUGAUAUUUAUUGGACGCAUGUGGUAUAACGACUUAGCAAAGCAAAUCAUGAAAUAAGCCUUCUUUGAUAAAAAACGAAUGGCUUGGAUCUUUCCCCAGACAAAUUUACUAUCUGUCUACUAUUCAGCCUUACCAGCAUAAGGCAGUUAACUUUUAUGCUACCCCUUUUCUAUGUUAGUCCUCUUGCAAGAAUUUUUUUGUUGGGAACACUGGGAAUUUCCCUUUACUUCUAAAUCUCUUUGUUGAAGAUUAAGAAUAUUUGAUUCUUGAAAACUUUCCUCUGAGUUUUCUCCUGUGGCACAAACCGAGGCAGAUCAGGGCAAUAUAAGUUUAAAAAAAAAUUCUGUCUAAUUGCCCCAAGUUUAGUAAAUAGAAUUUAAAUUGUCAAUUUUAGCCUUUUUGUAUGUUGAAUUUGAAGCAUUUUAGGAGUUUUUCUAUUUACCGAGAAAUCCUUUCAUUUGAAAAAUCUUGCGUGUCGUGAAAAAUUUAGCUCAAUAUAAAAUAAACAGGUACUUUCUGUGUA